GUGGUGACUUCCGGGCGGGGGAUGAGAGUUGAGCCCUAGGAGGGGCUGCGAAGGGUGAGGAGAAGGAAGAGGAAAGGGCCGGGCGGUGGCGGCUGUAGGUUGUUGGGCGGCAGCGGCGGCUAUCUUCCGUGCGGACGAUGGACAGCCAAGGCAGGAAGGUGGUGGUGUGCGACAACGGCACCGGGUUUGUGAAGUGUGGAUAUGCAGGCUCUAACUUUCCAGAACACAUCUUCCCAGCUUUGGUUGGAAGACCUAUUAUCAGAUCAACCACCAAAGUGGGAAACAUUGAAAUCAAGGAUCUUAUGGUUGGUGAUGAGGCAAGUGAAUUACGCUCAAUGCUAGAAGUUAACUACCCUAUGGAAAAUGGCAUAGUACGAAAUUGGGAUGACAUGAAACACCUGUGGGACUAUACAUUUGGACCAGAGAAACUUAACAUAGAUACCAGAAAUUGUAAAAUCUUACUCACGGAGCCUCCUAUGAACCCAACCAAAAACAGAGAGAAGAUUGUAGAGGUAAUGUUUGAAACUUACCAGUUUUCUGGUGUGUAUGUAGCCAUCCAGGCAGUUCUGACUUUGUAUGCUCAAGGUUUAUUGACUGGAGUAGUGGUGGAUUCUGGAGAUGGUGUAACUCAUAUUUGCCCAGUGUAUGAAGGCUUUUCUCUUCCUCACCUUACCAGGAGACUGGAUAUUGCUGGGAGGGAUAUUACCAGAUAUCUUAUCAAGCUUCUUCUGUUGCGAGGAUAUGCUUUCAACCAUUCUGCUGAUUUUGAAACAGUUCGCAUGAUUAAAGAAAAAUUGUGUUAUGUGGGCUAUAAUAUUGAGCAAGAGCAGAAACUGGCCUUAGAAACCACAGUAUUAGUUGAAUCUUACACACUCCCAGAUGGCCGCAUCAUCAAAGUUGGAGGAGAGAGAUUUGAAGCACCAGAAGCUUUAUUUCAGCCUCACUUGAUCAAUGUUGAGGGCGUGGGUGUUGCUGAAUUGCUUUUUAACACAAUCCAGGCCGCUGACAUUGAUACUAGAUCUGAAUUCUAUAAGCACAUUGUCCUUUCCGGAGGGUCUACUAUGUACCCUGGGUUGCCGUCACGGUUGGAACGAGAACUUAAACAGCUUUACUUAGAACGAGUUUUAAAGGGAGAUGUGGAAAAACUUUCUAAAUUUAAGAUUCGCAUCGAAGACCCACCCCGUAGAAAGCACAUGGUAUUCCUGGGUGGUGCGGUUCUAGCAGAUAUCAUGAAAGACAAAGACAACUUCUGGAUGACCCGACAAGAAUACCAAGAAAAGGGUGUCCGUGUGCUGGAGAAACUUGGUGUAACUGUUCGAUAAACUCCAAACCUUGUUCCCAUCACAUCCCUAAUGCUUUCUUUUUUCCUUUAUUGCCAAUCUUUGAACUCAUUCAACUCCAGGACCUGGAACAGGCCUCUCUGUGCCCUUUGACUGAAAAGAUUGUGUUUUAUUCUGGUGUCUUGGGAAGCUUUAAAUUUUUUGUUAAAGUGGUAAAUCUGACUGUUUAAUUCAGCUUCCUUACAAACAGAAUGAGAGGGCAAAGGGUCCUGUCUGCUGCUUUGUUUCUUCAAGUAGGCAUUUAGAUCAUUCCUGUAGGCUUCCUAUUUUCACUUUUCUGCUCGGAUGCUGCUAGUUUUAGCACACUCGGUGGUAUACCUUUAUUAGCAUAAGAAAAAAAAUUUUUUAACAGGAGCUUUUACGUAUUAUUGGGAUUGGGGCGGUAAAGGAUGGGUGGGCAGCUG